CACAACGUUAUGUUAUCAACUCAGUACCUGUUGUUAGUAUAACCAACAACCCUGAACUUAAAAAGUAUUUUAAUUUGUCAAGGGUGUCUCAUUUUUAUCCCCUAUCAGUGAGCAGCCUUAGGUGAAAUAUUUCUGGAGUAAAGAAUGUUUGGAAUACAGGAAUAAUUCUAAAUAUGUAUUGUUUUUUUCAAUAGACCCAGUCUAAGAAACGUCAUAAUACAUUAAAAAAAAAGCUUAUAUCUAGAACAUGUGAGCUGCUAAGCAACCCAAACACAGGAAGGAACGUAUAGAACCGGCCCCGGAAACAGAAGUGGAUUAGAGGUUAGGGGCAAUCCAAGAUGGCGGCACACAUGGCUAGAAUUAGAAGUUUGAGCAGACUGCAAAGGUUUGGCCUUGCAGCGUACAGGCGGUAUAGCAGCGGCACCGGCUACCCCAAUAUCUCACUCUCCACUGCUCUUCCAGGCACCCCCAAGCCAGUCUUUGCAACUGUAGAUGGGCAGGAGAAGUACGAAACUAAAAUCACUACUCUGGAAAAUGGGCUCAAAGUGGCCUCCCAGAAUAAGUUUGGCCAGUUCUGUACAGUAGGAAUUUUAGUCAAUUCGGGAUCCAGACAUGAGACAAAAUAUCCCAGCGGCAUUUCACAUUUUCUUGAGAAACUGGCGUUUUCGUCUACCGCCCAAUAUGGAAGCAAGGAUGAAAUCCUCUUAACACUGGAGAAACAUGGAGGGAUCUGCGACUGCCAGACCUCCAGAGACACCACAAUGUAUGCUGUGUCAGCUGAGGUAAAAGGUUUGGAGACUGUGGUCAACCUGCUUUCUGAUGUAGUGCUUCAGCCAAGGCUAACAGAUGAUGAAAUUGAGAUGACACGGAUGGCAGUGAGGUUUGAGCUGGAAGAUCUGAACAUGAGACCUGAUCCUGAGCCUCUCCUCACCGAGAUGAUCCAUGCGGCUGCGUAUCGGGGAAACACAGUGGGCCUGCCCCGCUUCAGCCCCCCAGAGAACAUUGACAAGAUUGACCAGGUCAUGCUGCACGGCUACCUGCGCAACUACUACAGCCCUGAGCGCAUGGUACUGGCCGGAGUGGGUAUAGAGCAUGACCAACUGGUGCAGUGUGCCAGGAAGUACCUGCUGGGAGUGAAGCCGGUGUGGGGGGCAGGGAAGACUGGAAAUGUGGACCUCUCUGUGGCACAGUACACAGGGGGCAUCGUCAAGACUGAGAAGGACAUGUCUGAUGUCAGUCUUGGACCCACCCCAAUGCCAGAGCUGACUCACAUCAUGAUUGGAUUGGAAAGCUGUUCAUUCCUAGAGGAUGACUUCAUUCCCUUUGCAGUGCUGAAUAUGAUGAUGGGAGGGGGAGGUUCAUUUUCAGCGGGUGGACCUGGAAAGGGAAUGUUUACCAGGCUGUAUCUCAAUGUCCUUAACAGGCACCACUGGAUGUACAACGCAACGGCUUACCACCACAGCUAUGAAGACACAGGGCUGCUUUGUAUCCAUGCUAGUGCAGACCCCAGACAGGCCCGAGAAAUGGUGGAAAUCAUAACGAGAGAAUUUAUACAGAUGUCCGGGAGAGCUGAAGAGAUGGAGCUAGAGCGGGCGAAGACACAGCUGAAGUCCAUGCUGAUGAUGAACCUGGAGUCUCGGCCUGUCAUCUUCGAGGAUGUGGGGAGACAGGUGCUGGCCACUGGCAAGAGGAAACUGCCUCAUGAGCUCUGUGACCUCAUCAGUAAAGUGACUGCGAGUGACAUCAAGAGGGUGACUGCCAAAAUGCUCCGCAGCAAGCCAGCAGUGGCAGCCUUGGGAGAUCUUACAGAGCUACCCACAUACGAUCAUAUCCAGGAGGCUUUGUCUAGUAAAGAGGGGCGUUUGCCCAGAAUAUACAGGCUCUUCCGGUAGAAGACAAACGCAUGGUGCAGGAUUGUGCAACACAAACUGAAACGUGGGUAUUUUCUUAAAGGAACCCUUUCCAAGAAAUGUUUCAUAGUGUGUAAAUACAUUGGGGCUAAACAUUGCUACUACUUUCUUCAACGGGAAAUGGUCAAACGGUUUUGCAUUAAGCCUUUAUGACUAUGACUAGGGUGCAACGCCAGAAACGGCGCACAGGUAGUAAAUUGUUCAGAUACUACAGAGACAGUUUCAAGUGUGCAUUUAUUUAGGAUACAGAUGUGUUAUUUUUUAUUUUAUUUUUCCCUGGCAAUUAUUUUAUUUAACUAUAGAGCUGGUCUUUGUUUUUGCAUUUAAUGCGUGAUAUGAUAUUUAGUUUAGCUAUCUAAAGUGCCAGCCUUAUGGCCUUUUAAAUCUUUAAAAAGGAGAGAAUUAAUUAAUUAAUUUAGACUUUUAAACAAGCACGUCUGCUGCUUGUGAACAGAUUGAGGGAAAGUCUAUUCCACUGGCUAACCCGGUUCAAAGUAAGGUUCUAUUGUUCCUCUCAACCACUUGUUUUUCAACAGUAGUGUUUCAACAGUAGUGGCUAUAAAGAGUGACUUAUUUAUUGGUCACCAAAACAAAGUUAUGAUGAGAACUGGAGCUUUUCUCCAAUGAGGAGCUUUUUCCUUUACUCCAAGUAAUCCAAUUUCCAAGAAUCUACUUGCAUCCCCUUUCCACAGUCGUCAGUGACUUGUGCUUAAAUUACUGAGGUUCCACUGUGGCAGGUUGUAUGGGUGUCAAUCUUAGUUUCAAUGCCAUAUUUUGUAAACCUGUAAACUCAGUUUAUAACUAUUCGUGAUACACAGUUUGGAUUCUAUAGAGUAUCUAGUGACUAAAUUAUGACAAAAGAUACAAAACUGUAGAAUGCACUUUUUUCCAGAUUUUGUGCUGCUGUAUCUUGUAACCAGACUUUAAUCACAGUGCCCAUAGCGGUGACGCUACACCUUUGCAAAACAUGGUCUGGAGUUUCUUGAAUGUCUUUUCUCCCUAACCUUAAAGUGUCUUUUGUAAACCCUCGUGUCCAAGCCGUACUAAUCAAGCAUUUUGAAUUACUGACUGCAUACUUAGAACUUAAACUGAAUCUCAUUGUAUUUACCACACACCGUGUUAAUUUACAUUAAUACGAUUCUAAAACUCUUGGCUUAAAGGGCUUUAUUGAAUAAUGAACCCCCUUUUUUAAUAAGCACUGACCUCUUAAUGUUAGUUAGUUUAUUGUGAAUGUAUAUAUGGUAGCUUGUAUAAGAUGUUAAACUGUUCAAAGUCUCUUGUGGGUUAUAUGUUUCUUAGACACCUAUGAUGCAAAACGUAUUUAAAUAAACACUGAUUCAGACAUUUACAAAGUGUUUAUAAAUCUUACAUGUUGUUUUAAGCAGACUUUCACCUUUAUGCAUUUUUUUUAUUUUAUCUGCACAUAUUAAAGACUUUAUUUCUUAAA